AUGAAUUUCAGACAAAGCAGCAAGCCAGCCGCUUUGUUUGAUCCCGAAACUGGAGCUGAACUGCACCGUCAUCCUGACCUUUGGUUCGACGACGGUAGCGUUAUCUGUAGAGCAGAAGACAUCCUUUUCCGUAUUCAUAUCUCACAAAUGUGUCGACACUCGCCAUUCUUCAGAGAUAUGUUCUCCAUAGGCAACCCCUCUAAUUCUGUCCUCGGAUCUUCCAUCUACUCCAAAGGCGGGCCCAAUGACUUUGAAAACUGUCCACUUAUCGAACUUCAUGACAAGGCAGACGACGUGGGUAAUCUGUUCGUAGCUCUCUAUGAUGGACCACACUUCGGAAACAACGAUCAAGACGACUUUCGUGUUGUAUCCGGGGUCCUACGGUUAUCGACCAAAUAUCUUGUCGAUUCAUUACGUGAAAAGGCUAUUGCUCAUCUUAGUAUAGCCUGGCCAUCCACGUUGAAAGGUUGGGAUGCCCGAGAAGAUGUGGCUAGAGCUUAUGAGAUGGAAACGGGCACUAGUGGAGCUCGUUUGUAUCCGUCACCACUAGCUGUCAUUAACCUUGCCCGUGAAGUAGACGCGCCUACUCUUCUUCCAUCCGCUUUUUUCGAUCUUUCCCGGUAUACUUACCCUCAGAUUUUUGAUCCGUGUGCUCAGGAUCCCCUUUAUUAUCCUUCUUCUAACUCUCCGUCUCCACCCCCAUCGUUAUCAUCAACCCCACCUCCACCUCCCAUCUGUCUUUCUCUCGGUGACACCCAACGACUUUGUUUAGGGAAGGAAGCUUCCCAACACGCAAUCACCUCACUCAUACAAUCUAUGAGUAACAGCCAAAGUAUUCGCAACAGCGGACUGCAUGGAUCAAUGCAUCAAAAUGGUCAUUACCACCAUCAUCGUUCAUCUUCCGCCGCUAUUUGCAUAUCUGCAGCAGCUUGCCGCAAAGAUUUUUCAGAGCUCGUCGAUCUGGCGACGAAGCAUUACUUAUUUGAUCGCGAGAGAGGGUACAGUGAUCCGCUGUAUAUGGCGGACGAGAUUGGUGGGUUGAAGAGCGAAGCGUCAGAAUGCAAAGCAUGCGCAAAGAGCUUGGAGACAUGGGCCAUGAGAGAACGAGAAAGGAUAUGGCGCCUGAUACCCACAUGGUUCCGUCUAGGCUCUGAUACCGGAUCCGCAAGUCCUGAAAGAACUUCCUCUCCGCCAGUGGUUGAUAUAUAG